AUGCAACGUUUUGCAGUUUCGAAUGAUGGUAAGCUGGCAUGGGGCUCUUGCUUCGCGAGCUGCCACGGAGGUCAGGUACCGGCAGUCAUCAAGCUUGUGAGGAAAGCUGGCGACGGCGAGAGGGUGGAACCCGAUUGUGUGGCUUUUUCUUCUUUCAACGUGGCGCGCUCAGCACGCCUCGAUAUCAAGAGUAGCUACAGCGCGGGUGACCAUGUAGUCCUCGCGUUCAAUGACUCCGACUCGCUUUUUGCGGCCACUAUUGUGCGCUGUGACACGUGGGCUGUGCAGUGGGCAAUAGAAAAGACUGCGUGUCUUACUGACGCUUCCGUAACGCAGCUGGCGGCUUUGUGCGCGAAUACGGUGUGCGGUGUAGCGACGGCGUCUAGUAGCGCGUCCUCAUCAUCCCCGCUGCAGCGCCUUUUUGUUGCCUCCCGUUUUGAUGUCCCCACAUCAAGUCGCAAAGCAAACAAGGAGUGGAGGCAGUUCCUGGCUCCUCCGAGGUCGAUUGAGGCGGGGCUGGAGGAGGAGGGAAUCGCAUCCAUUAGCGCAUUCGACAAGAACACUCUUCUUGUUCUCACAGGGAAAGGCUCUCUGGCGCUGGUGCGCCUGGAUGCUAGGGCACUGAAGGAACAACCGGCUUCGGCAUCGGCUUUCUACACCGUGCAGCGAAUCCAGUGCACGCUAACACUAGCAAGCAUCCGAUCUCGCAUGGUGGUCUACAACGAUGGGAAGGAGCACGCUUAUGCAGCCGUCUACUCAGCUUCCGAAAAAGCGAUGGAGCUUGUCUAUUUUCAUCAGACUACGGCGGAAGUAUCCUCUCGCGCUGGUGAGAGGGCGGCGACCGUGCUGAAAGUGGCCACGAGCAUCCCUAUCGACGACGUGCGCUUUGCCGGGUCGUUUCACCUUGCCGUGAGCUGCUCACGCAUAAAGGAGAAUAUGCAGUUUGUCGGCCUCGUUCCUGGCGCUGACGCGCCGGAGGCGAUGGUCUUCGACCCUCUCACGGUGCCAUACGUUCCCAUCGCCACGCUAUACAGCGAGUCAACGGAGGAGUUCGUAGUGAUCUCUUCGUCUCAGGAGGUUGCAGCAUUUUCCGCACUGACGAACGAGCAGAAGGUCGCCUCACUCAUCGGGACGACGCUGAAGUUUUCGACUGGUCCCUUUUCUCAGGCCUCGCUGAACAAGGCUGCUUGGGGACUGAUCUCAAACCCGUUUCGUCACUAUGGCCCGAAAACCAGGCGCCACACAGAGGAAGAAAGCGGCGCGGACGAAGAGGACUUGCAGUUGCUGCAAGGUGCUGGUGCCCGGUCUGCCGGUCGCUGGACCCCUGUGACGCUGUGCUACGCGUUGGCAACCCUCAGGCCAUCCUCGCCCACGGCGCCGGUUGCAGUGUUUGCCGUGGAGACUGCGCCGUUCCUGCACACGCGACUCAUCAAGCAGUGGCACAAUGCCACCACUGGGCUCAAGACGAUUCUGGGAGCGGCUUCCACAAAACUGACUGGCGCUCUCGCGCUUCCGUGGAAUCCGCGACAUGUUCGCCGUGCCUUGCGCCUCUUCAGUCAAGACGAGCUCUCCUCACUUCUUCAUCGCAUCGCGACGACGAUAGCGGCCAGCGAGCGUGUGGCUUCCCCUGUCUCGUACCCUGAUGCCACCACGACCGCUGUCGACAUUGCACUGCAUGUGAUCACACUGGCUCGGCAGAUGGGUGCCACAUUGAAACCAGAGGACGUAAGGAUCGUCGCCAUUAUUCUGCGAGCGGCUCGCGAGAGCAGCCACGAGCUGUUGCGUUACUCCAGCUGCAUGGAGCUGCUGAUAGAGAGCCAUUUGCAGCAGAGGGCGAUGGAUCGCGUCUUGGCACGCCGUGCUUCUGCACGCGACGAGGCUGACGAGGUGUCGCAGACGCUGGAGGGGAACUUUUACGGCAUCGCGGCCGAGCUGCAGACUGAGCGGACACUACACACACGCUACACGUCAAACGCGUGGGCGCAGCACCUGGGCAAGUGCAAAGUGCAGUACAAGGCGGAGGCCGAAAGCGCGUUGCGGCUCCUUGCAGCAGCUCACAAUAAGAGCGAGAAAACGAUGGAAUGCGCUCUCAGUGACUGGAGGCAGCUAGGUUCCACGCCGCAUCAAGACCUGCUGUUGAAUCAAUUUGAGCACGCACUCCUGUAG